AAUCUCAUAUGUGACACAUUGUAUUCUCUGCAAUCCACUCAUUCUGACACCAUGGAGAACAGACGGAAAGCUUUCGGUAAGAUCUGUCCAAACACAAUUGGCAGUGUCCCAAGCAGACCGAUAAAGAAGCCUGUUAAGGCUGAUAAAAAGGUAUUUAUCAUUGUGCGAUUUUAUUGUAAAUAAACACAACGGGUAUUGUUAUCAAAACGUUUGUGGGACCAAGUUUUUCAAGUGAAACAAUCACCUUGUAGAAAAACGGGACUGUUCCUGUCUGAUUGUUCCACUUCAACAAUAUUAUUAAUAUCCACAUUAGGAAUUUUGAUUGAGUGCAUUUCUGAGAUGACUGUUCAAAAUAUUGCAAAUUAUAUUUAUUUAUUUAUUUCUAAAUUAGGCGCCGACAAGGAGGCUUUUCCCAGCUGCCAACAGACCUGUGUCCAUUUAUGUGGAUCCAUCUCCAAACGCAGUGGACGCAGGUAAGAUCUGCAAUAUAUUUUCUCAAAGCAACCGAUCGAGAGAGUGUAUGUAUAUGUGUAUUUAUAUUUUAUUAUAUUAAAAACGUUUGUUAUCUGUCCACAGCACUUUCUACAAUCGACUGGCAAGACUUGGCAGACUGUGACUCAGUUAUACAACAAGACGCCGCUAGGGGUAACGUUUCACAGCAGGUAAAUGACAACCCCACAGAUACUUCAAAGCCAGCAGUCUUUUGAUCAGUUAUAUCUGACAUGAUCUCCCCACAGUCAUUUUCAUUGUAAAGAGCAAGAAAUGUGUUCAUUAAAUGUCAGUAAACACUCAACAACUACACGAAUAUAGUAGGGCUGAGCGAUUUACACAUUCUAGACAGUUUAAGUGCACAAUUUAACAAUCUCUAUUGUUGUAAAGAAGGAGCCAAAAGUAACUGUUAAACCCAUUAAAGCACACAAUAAAAAUAAAUAAAUCAAGCACACUUUUAUUAUUACAGUGAUGGGUGCUGCAUUGAAGUAAGCAAAAUAUUACAAGCCCCAUGGUGUUUAAAAGGUUAUCCCUGGAAAUAAAUAAAUAAAAUGAUCUGAUUUAGUUUAUUACACUUUGGGUGCAAUGCUUCCACGAUACAAUGCAAUUAGGGAUUAGCUGUAAUCUGACAGACACUAAUACAUACACAGUAAUACAGCAUACUGGUAUGUCACAGAAAUAUUUCCCUGUUAUUGUAUACGUAUAUAUUUUGGUAUCUGUACAUAUGUGUAUAUAUUUUGGUAUCUGUACAUAUAUGUGGAUAUAUUUUGGUAUCUGUGCAUAUAUGUGGAUAUAUUUUGGUAUCUGUACAUAUACGUUUAUAUAUUUUGGUAUCUGUGCAUAUAUGUGGAUAUAUUUUGGUAUCUGUACAUAUACGUGUAUAUAUUUUGGUAUCUGUGCAUAUAUGUAUAAAUAUUUUGGUAUCUGUACAUAUAUGUGUAUAUAUUUUGGUAUCUGUACAUAUAUGUAUAAAUAUUUUGGUAUCUGUACAUAUAUGUGGAUAUAUUUUGGUAUCUGUGCAUAUAUGUGGAUAUAUUUUGGUAUCUGUACAUACAUGUGUAUAUAUUUUGGUGUCUGUACAUAUAUGUGUAUAUAUUUUGGUGUCUGUACAGGCUUACCAUCAUGUGCUUUGCUUGUUUUGGUUGGGAUAUGUCUAUCAGUGUACCUAUGUUGGAUCCUGUAAUAAAAGGUGUGUUCCAAAAUCCAUUAUAAAUAGUGAACUGGAAAACUAAUUGGAAAAUAUAGGCAGAAAUAGUUGAACUGUAAAAACUGUAAAAUGCUAGAUUGGCUAUGCUUCUGACUAAAUUCUACAUUUCAGUGGUCAAUACGCUACAAUUCGCUGCUUAGUGAAUAAAGCCCUAUACAGUUAUCACGGUGUAUGGUCAAUGUGUGUUUUGGUUACGGUCUGUGGUUACUACACCAACUGUCUCAUCUGGCUUAGUUAUUACUAUUUGGUAUGAAGAUCAGGUUACACACCCUGUGCCCCACAGGAACAUCCAGUGCAGUAAUACCUGCAUUACUAAAGCCAAAAAGGGUCUGCAUUACAUAUUAAUACUAUGGAACAUUUACACGCGCAGAAUGCCUGAGUUUGGAAUCACACAUUAUUAUUUUUAUUAGUAUUUUAUUAUUUAUAUAGCGUCAGAAAAUUCCGUAGCGCUGUACAAUGGGAUGUCAGAUCAACAUUUUCUAUAAUAGUUCAGCCUCUUCGCUUGUUGAGAAUAGUGCGUAAUGCAGUGCACAAAAUACAGUUCCAAUGUUACUCGUCAGUUAUUUAUGGGGCUUAUUCACUAAGCAGCGAGUUGUGGUGGCUAUUCGAUAGGCUUACCCAAUUAGGACAACAUAGCAGACAUUUUCAUCUUUGAAUUGUAUAAGUGAUAUGCUGAUCUUCAUUUUACAAGUUGCGUGUCAAGCGAUCGCAGCUCUUAGUGAAUACACACAGUAGACUUCCCUGUAUUACAAAGUGUAACAAUGUGCAGUUUUGUUGUUAAUCACACCGUUGUUGUACACUGUUAGCUAGGUUUAUCAGUGGUGUGUUACUGUGUUGCCAAACACUCUGGCAUUUAAAUGGUUAACAGAAAGCAAGUUGGCCAAAUUUGAGCUAAUCCCAGUGUUACUGUAUCUGUACAGAGGAAUUCCUGCGCUAUAUGGGAAAUCGUGGCUUACUGCUUACACGUGCUGCACCUGUCGCUCAAAACUGCUGUGAGACAACUUUUCAGAUAUAUUAACCUGUUCUUGGUUAUGUUAAAUUUUAAUAUUCGGCCCAAAUAUUUUGGCAGUUAUAAAAUUUGACGCUGGAUUACUGAUUGCAGACAUAUUUUGUUUAGAAUUUAAAUGAUUAUCAACCAUUAGCUUUGAAUUAAAUAAAUAUAAAAAACACCAAAAUGCUAACUUGCUUCGUUUAAAUGUAACUGAAAUAGUAAGGUUAGUAACCAUUGCCCAACUUGGUAGGACCAACCGUUUACAUUAUUCUGAUUUGGCUGAGAGUAAUGGGGGUAGAAGGUAGAGCUUCUGCAUGUGUUCCUGGCAGUAACAAUAAAAUAUAAAAACUAAAAAUCUGCCCAUAAGCCUUUUUCAAACAAUCUAUUGCCAACCAUUAUGCAACAUGUGAAACGUGCCAAAUUCUCUGUAUAUAGCAUGGAUGUGUGCUACCAACAGGUGGUUAAACGAACGAAUAAAGUAAUGGGGAGUGAACAUCAAAUAAUGACACUGGUUGCAAAAUCCAAAUUCCAAGUAACGUCCUCUUACAAAUUCCACCGUCCACCUUUUUUCGUGGUAUAUACACUAGAGUCUGGUAUAUAUUGGACAUGUGGUACUUAUUGCUAUUAUCAUUAGUUUUUAUAUAGCACAAACAUUUUCCCCAGCCCUUUACAAUUAUACAGUUGGUUAACAAAUAAAUGAAAAACAAAAAUCAUGUUGUCAGACAGAAAAGGAGAAUAGAUUUUAUACUGCAGGAUUUUGGGGUACGGUUGGUAAGGUUUUGCCUGUAACCUGCUGAUUUUUUGAAGCUACAGAAUGGAAAUCUGGAAAAUAUUAAUAUGAGAAGGAAACAUAUAUUACUUAAUCUUAUAAUAUAAUGUUAUAAAUCUGGCCCAUCACCCAGUAUUAAAUACGUUAACUAAAAUGGCAUAUUUAUCUAGCUAUAGUAAUAUAUUAUAAUUUUAUUGUUGCUAUUAAUGCUGUAAAGAAUUCACAGUGAGACCGAGCAAGGGGGGGCAAUAGCAACACAUUCCCCCCAAAUAAACAAACACAAUACAAAAACAAACAAACAGUUUGACCAGUAGUGGCUGGAGGGCUGAUUGGCCUUGUACUGAGCUCCAGCACUUUCAUUGUAGGUGAACCUGGCAAUUAGAGGGAGGCUCCUUAUCUUGCAUUGUGUGAAUGCUAAGCCUUCAUAUAAAGUUAUUUGUCUGGUGCCCUGAGGUGAGGCUCUGUACAUAGGGGCAGGCAGCCCAGGUUAAUUUGUCACUGAGAGCUCAAACAGCCAACUGAUUGGCCAGAGUAGACCAAUCAGGAGCAGGCACGGGAUGCACAGGGGAUUGCCCUGGCUAACAGGUUGUACAGAGCCUGUAUCAUUAUAAACCCACUGCACUGCAGGAGCCCUGUCACUGUGCUGAUAGCUGUGCUCACUCCUGGAAACACUAUACCUCAUACUGUAACUCCCAUUACUGCAGUACGGGACAUGGCAGUGCAAGCAUGCCACCUCCAUUACCCAACCUAUGGAUAUGAUGAUUUCCAGGUAUGUGAACAGGAAUUUUCUAGCGAUAUAUAGAUCUCACUGCAGCAGAUUAUUAGGGAUACAGUAUAUAGAUCUCACUGCAGCAGAUUAUUAGGGAUGCAGUAUAUAGAUAUCACUGCAGCAGAUUGUUAUGGAAAUAUAGAUCUCACUACAGCAGGUUAUUAAGGGUACAGUAUAUAGACCUCACUGCAACAGAUUAUUAGGGAUAUAUAGAUCUCACUGCAACAGAUUAUUAGGGAUACAGUAUAUAGAUCUCACAGCAACAGAUUAUUAGGGAUACAGUAUAUAGAUCUCACUGAAGGAGAUUACUAGGGCUGUCUCACUGAAUAGAUUUCUAGGGAUAUAUAUCUCACUGUAGCAGAUGAUUAAUUAUGGAAUCUAUUCAAUGGAGAGGUCUCAUUGCAUUAAAUUACUAGGUGACGAAUUAACAUGUUUCAGUCUUUUUACCACUGGAUGCAUUAAGGGCUGUCUUUGUUUCAGGGACACUGUUUGCAAGAUGGAUCUCAGUUUGACCUGCAGGAGUUCAGAGAUGCUGUGGAUAACUUCAUUGCAGGUGAGCUAUGAGCAGGUGUAUAUGAAGAUGCCAUUUCCUUAUAAGGCGAUUGUAAAGUCCAAAGCAGCCAAACUAUACAUUCAAGUUACAUUACUUCUGUGUAAUAUUUAUUAGCAACUGUGAUACUUAAAAUCUAUCUUGUAAGGGGAACUUACAAAAAAAGUAACGUUGUACUUACUAUUUCGUUUAAUUUAAACACACGCUGUUGAUGAUCCAGUAGAGAGUAACAUUAUUAGGUCUUUGCAGAUAUCUUCAAUUUAAACCAGUGGAUACAUCUCAUACAUUAAAGAGUAAUAGUUCUAAUUCCCCACAAGUUUUUUUUUUUUUUUUUUUAAUGAAAUCGUUACAACGUGGCUAAUUCGUGCACGAGUAGGUCUUGCUGUAUACCAGGGUGUUUUUAUAAAAAACAUAAACAUGUUGGCUAAUUAUACUUUAUGAUUCAAUUUUUCUCCCCAGACCAAUCCUCUCUCAUGCAAACUGCUAUUGGCUCUGCAGAUUACCAGCUGUUUAACCCUUGCAUUUCCGCACCCCAGCCAGUGCAUCUCAUGCCCCUCAAUGUGCAGCCUGCACCCACUACCGAGCAAUACUGGAAAGACAUAGCUGGCCAGAACCAGCAGGCCCUGGGCAAUGCUCUAGUGGAGAAUACCCAGGUAAGGUUUAUUUACUAAUAAACGACUGGUAGACACUUGGAUCACUGCCUGGAAAUUGUGAGAGAAAUGUAUUUCCAGCAGAUCCAUUUGGAAAUGUGUUUUUAAACAAAUCCCCCUUUUUAUAGUUAACCAUGUAUGAACUAAGGCUGAUGUCAAUGAAUUUCUUUCUGCACAAUUGUAAUAUUGCAAUGCAUGCUCUACACCUAACAUGGACCAGUUAAACAUUUAGAAUCAAUGCCUGGGUUUCUUAUAAUUAAUUUUUAUUAUUCCGCAAUAUAAUGCUAAACUGUUUGUUUAAAUAUGAAGGUACUUACAACGGUUUGCUGUAUAUUACAAUGUCCCGUUCCUCCUCCAUAUAGUUGCAUGUGACAUUGACUGAAAAACAAGAAGAAAUUGCCUCUCUGAAAGAAAAAAACGUCCAUCUCAAAGAGCUUGCUGCCCAGGCUAAGCAGCUGGCAUCAGUUCUCGAUGUAAGUGUUAAAAUCAUGUUAAAUCAAAUUUAUUCAAUUUACCAUUAGCAGCCUGUAGAGGGCGCUCGGAUACCAUAAUGGCUUCCAUAUCAAUGUUCUAAGGCAGGGGUGACCGGGAUCUGCUAGUUACCAGGGUUGUAACAGAUACAUCCUCUGCCUGUCAGUUCAGCCACAGGUUGAUAAGCUGGCUAAGCAUGAUGUGAUUGCAAGUCCUAUGAGUUAUUAUUAACUGUUUAUCCACUUACCUGGGAAAAAAAACAAUACCUGUUAAGGUAAAUUAACAUUUUAAUUGAGCAUGUAACUGUACAGAUUAAAAAAAUCUGUAUCAUUUCCUUGAACACUAUUGAGUGAGUUGCUUUGAUGUGAGAUUUGUCUUUCAAAAUGUAAUUAACAAUUGUUGAAAUGUAAUAAAAUGCUGAAUUGCAAUAAAUUAAUACAAACUGGUUAUUUUGAUUUAUUUAUCAAAUCUGUUCUUAUAUCAGCAACAGUAUUUGAAUAGAUCCUUACAAAACACUUGGAAAGGGUAUUAUUAUUAUUAUUAUUUUAUUAUUAUAUUAUAGGAUAGAUCAAAAUGUCUUAUUAUGAUACAGACACCUAAUACUUAAAUAUAUUUAAAACAUUUUUUAAAUAUGGACAUUUUUAAACCUAAAAUCUAAAGAAUAAAAUGCAUAUCACAAAAUUUAAAUGCAUCUGUAACACGAUAAUUUGCAAAAUAAAUGAUCUAUACAACAGGCAAAAUAAUUGUUUGUGUUAUUCACUAUUAAAUGACUUUGUUGUAAGAUAUAUCCUUCCAAGCAGCACAUUAUCCUGAAGUUUAACAGCUAAAUUGUAGUCAUUAGAGAUUAUUUAGCCAGAGCCUGCUGGUAUAGACAUUAGAGAACAUGUAAUGUCUGGAAUAGGAUCAUAGCGUAUGAACAGAGUUCUAAAUUGUGAUAUUUUGUUUUCCUACCAGAAACUGAUGUACCAUAGGUCAGGAGACAGUGGGAGGAUUUCAUCAGGUACAGUGUCACCUAGGCCACCCGUGAAGAGGAAUCUACAGGAAUAUUACCCUCAGGACAAUGAGCAGGAUUGUAAAAAGGUGGAUGAGAUGUUGAGGGAGAUCUCUAAGAAAUGUAAUGCUGUUCUCCACAGUCAACCCACAGAGGCUAAACGCCCUAAACUACAAACAGACGACCACAUGGAUUUCCAGGAAGAAGGCAUCACAAACAUCAAAAUGUGCGGGGCUUUCCAUGGACUUAAGACAGUCACUGGGCAGAACUCAGUGAAUUUGGUUGAUACUGAUCUUGAAGAAGACAUCUCCUUCAAGACCUCCAUAAAGGAGCACAGCACGAUUCGGACUUUAGCCUAUCCCCAGGGAAACGCUUUCACCAUCCGGACAUUUGGAGGGGGGUACAAAUUUAGAUGGGUCCCCAACUGAGAAGAUAGAUUUACUGACUACCUUCAAUGGAGUUUUGCCAGUGGAGAGUGUACGUGGUGAUAAUAACUCGUAUACCACUAGAGGGCAUGCUGUGCUAAAGCCUUACUCUGGUAAUAUCAUUAUACAAUAUAGUAUAUUACAUCAAGUGCUCCACACCAAUAAUAAGAAAUUGACUAGUCAUCAUGGGACCAUGUUAGAUAUUCAUUAUUUAAUGGUACUGUGACAUAAAACAUUAUUCUUUGUGUCCAAGACAGGUGUAACUCAAGUGCUCACUACAUUAUACUAUAACUGCCUUCUGUAGUGCCUAUGAAUGGACUGCCAGGUUAUUAGUGUACGUAACAUUUGGGGUAUUUAUAUUGUAACCAUUUCCUUAUCCAAGCAUUUCGCCAGUUACAUGAAGAAAACAUUUUGCUACAACUUUACAUUAUUCCUUUUUUUUGUAUUUUGAAGUUAUUCUAGCAGUGCACCAUUGGGUAAACUAUCUUAGAAUAUAUUGUGCAUUCGACUCGCCCUGUUUUAAUUUAAGGAGACGCACAGUACAUUUACUUGCAAAGUUGCACAUUUACCGAUUAGCCAUAUAAAUUAUUUUUACUAUUGUUUUUUUUGAAAGUAGGAUUCUUGCUGCACUGAAAAUACUCGGGACCUGCCUGCGCCAGUAUUAGCUAAAUGUCUUUAUUAAGAUAAUCUAAUAUUGUUUUUCAUAAAGUUAGAAUUGUCAGGAAUUCAAAGUGUGUUUAAACCGUAAGACCUAAGUAGAUGAACCAGAAAGAUUCUCCAAGUCAGCUGUGCUUCUGGGUUGGCUAUUUAUUCUUAAAUUUGCAAUUCACUUUCUAUUCUCACUAUAGUGAAUAACUUUGGAAAUGUAUACUAGGGAUGGUACUGCCAACUAGCAUUGGUACUGCCAAAUAGCAUUAAUGCUAUUUUUUUAAAAAUCUCAUUAAGGAGACAUAUUUAAGUUUACAGAAGUCAGUGUGUGUGAGACAGUCCUCGCCAGUUCUCAUUUAUCAUGUAAUCAGACCCAGGGUUUAAGAACUCUUAUAUAACCUAUUUAUAGGAGCCCAUAGGUGUGCCUUCUGCCACGCAUAUCAAAAAGUCCCAUGAUGCUUAGAAAAAAGUAAAACAUCAAUGGAGUUGAAAUUCUCUAACAGCAAAUUAAUAGACCAGUUGACCAGUUCUGAGUAUAAGUGAGGGUCACUGGGCUCUAUUGUACAGAGCUUCAGAAUAUUAAGGUAAGAUAAUAUUAAUUUUUAAAACAAUGCUAUUGAUGGCCCUUAUACAUUAUUUCACCCCUAAUUCAUCUCCUCUGCCAAUGACCAAGCUUACACUCUCUAGAGAGUUAUUCACUGCACUGAAACAGUUAACUUGCCAUUUUAAACCCCUGCUCUAAAACAAAUAAAAUUUAUUUUAUUUGUACAUAAUAUAGCAUACGUGUGCUGCUUUCAUACAAUGUUAUUUCCAUUUGCAGAUUACAGGUUCAUUUGUAAAUAUAAAUUGUAAAUAUAUUGUUAAAAUCAUGCAUUAACUAUGGAC